UACUGACCUACUAACACACUUCCAUGAGUCAGGAGCCAUAGUGGAAGCCAAAAAAUAAAGAGGAAAUGAUUUUCCUUUCGAAAAAAAAUUCAUCGACUCAAAUAUUUCCUGAUAUUUUGCGGCGAUGAAUGCAUUACUUGUGCAAACAGGACACUUCCUGCUAUUUCGUCGUCCAUGAAACGAGAAGACAAAGUGGAAAUGGCAUAGAUGAAGAAUCAGCGCCAGUGUCACAACAAGUUUUGUGAAGAGCAGUCGAUAAUCCAUCAUGGAAGACGUCUUUAGUAAACAUCAGCAUUAUGUGAACAUUUAAAAAGAUCCGAGGAAACUUAAAUAUGCAAUCAGUCAAGCAAGAAGUGGACUGCAGCGAGCCCUAUCGUGGAGGCCAUUCACUGCUGCUGGAUCUGGCCUUAGAAGGGGCUCACAGAGACCCGACGAGCAACCAUGUCUCCGCUAUGCCAUUCAAGGCUAAGACCGCCUGUCGCAGGAAAAGGGAGUUCAUCCCAGAGGAGAAGAAGGACACCGUUUAUUGGGAGCGGCGCCGCAAAAACAACGAGGCGGCCAAGCGGUCGAGGGAGAAGCGGCGUAUCAACGACAUGGUGCUGGAAAACAAGCUCAUGGCGCUGGGGGAGGAGAACGCCUCCCUCAAAGCCGAGCUCCUGUCACUCAAACUCAAGUUUGGCCUCUUGAGUUCGGCGGCUUACGUGCAAGAAUUCCAAAAGUUAGACACGGCCACAAGCGGCGAGCGUUAUCAGGAAUUUGUCACCACCGGUGCUAACCGAGGUUCCUUCGGCAGGGAUUCAGAGCACCAGCGCCUGCGGAGCAGCUGCAUCUCGGUUAUCAAACAUUCACCGGGAAUAUCCAAAGCAUGCACUGCGGCCCAGGGUACCACGGCGGUGAAACAGGAAACCGCGGAGAAUUCCGGAUUCACACAAGACCGAAGCAGUCCCUAUGAACUGCUGAAGAAGUACAUGGCCAGCCCUUUGUCUGGCGUUUACGCUCAACCUGCUUCCUUUCUUCAGAUCACCAGAUCAUCCAGUAACUCUCCAAGAAGCUCGGAUGAUGGAGCCGUGAGCAAAUCAUCGGACGGCGAGGAUGAGCAGCAGGUCCCCAAAGGAUCGGUGACGCUUCUUGGAUCUGUAGCCACGCACAAAGUACCAGAAUCCUGGUCAUCAGCUCUCCCCCACAAACUGCGACUCAAAACCAAGCCCGUCCAAAUUAAAGUCGAAGCCAUCGAUCCAGAGUACGAGUCCUCAGCUAAAUUCUCCUCAGCAGUCAACAUUUCUGAGGAAGCAUGCUAUCAGGCCUCUCGGGAAGACUCCCAGUCCUCGCUGUGUCCUUUGUCAGAACAGGUCACCAACAUGCAAGACUGGAGCCAGCGGUCUGAACCGUGGCAGCAUGGAAGCAGCACAGAACCACUUCAGGAGCACAGCUCUAGUAGCAGGAGAAUGCAGGGUUUUUUUGACAAACCGCCCGGAGACCACGUGUAGAGGGUUCUGCAACAAUGUAGGACCAGGGUCUAUGGAAAAACCCCCAUACGUCACAAGGAGUCAAAUAACCACUCCACCAUUUGCAUGUUUACUCAUUUGCUUACUCAGCACCACUGUGCAUUUUCAAAGAAAUCAUAUCCAUACUUUCAAAACCCUAAAACCAACUGCUAAUUUCACCUCCCACCCAUAUCAGGAAAAGUCAAAUGUACAUAUUUUUAUGACUGAAUAAGAAUUCAGUGAGUUUUAGCGGUAGCAAGGAAUGAUAUUUGUAGCGUUGGAAGGGCUAAGUGUUAGCUUUUAGUUUCUCACGAGUGAUUUCUGAAAUAAUUCACGACAUAUGCUGCGCUAUGCUUGCUGGUUUCCCCAUAUUUGUCCGUUUAAAGCUGCUUUAUGUCACAGAGAUAAGAAUCCCAGUAUGUUACCAAUAGUGGUUCUAAACUGGUUUACAUUGCGGGAAUGUUUCAAUGCAAAUUGUCACUCAUUCAUUUUCUACCAUUUCUCCUCACGAGGGUAACGGUCGCUGGAGCCUAUCCCAGCUGUCUUCGGGCACAUAUAGACAAAUAACCAUUCACACUCACAUUCAUACCUAUGGACAAUUUGGAGUCGCUAAUUAACCUAGCAUGUUUUUGGAAUGUAGGAGGAAACCAGAGUACCCGGAGAAAACCCACGCAUGCACGGGGAGAACAUGCAAACUCCACACAGAGAUGGCCGAGGGUGGGGAAAGACAAAAUAAGAAGCCAAAAAGCUACCACUUCCACACAAAAUAGGAGAACUCAUUCAUUCAUUUUCUACCGCUUAUCCUUAUGAGGGUUGCGGGGAUGCUGGAGCCUAUCCCAGCUGUCUUGGGGGCACAUAUAGACAAACAAGCAUUCACACUCACAUUCAUACCUAUGGACAAUUUGGAGUCGCUAAUUAACCUAGCAUGUUUUUUGGAAUGUGCGAGGAAACCGGAGUACCCGGAGAAAACCCAUGCAUGCACGGAGAGAACAUGCAAACUCCACACAGAGAUGGCCGAGGGUGGGGAAAGACAAAAUCAGAAGCCGAAAAGUUACCACUUCCACACAAAAUAGGAGGAGAACUCAUUCAUUCAUUUUCUACCGCUUAUCCUCACGAAGGUUACGGGGAUGCUGGAGCCUAUCCCAGCUGUCUUGGGGGCACAUAUAGACAAACAACCAUUCACACUCACAUUUUUACCUAUGGACAAUUUGGAGUCGCUAAUUAACCUAGCAUGUUUUUGGAAUGUGGGAGGAAACCGGAGUACCCGGAGAAAACCCACGCAUGCACGGGGAGAACAUGCAAACUCCACACAGACAUGGCAGAGGGUGGAAUUGAACCCUGGUCUCCCAGCUGUGAGGUCUGUGUGCUAACCACUCGACCACCGUGCAGCCCUCAAUGCAAAAUUGUCAAAUAUUUUCUAUUUAAAACUUUUGGCAAAGCUUGACAAAGUAUGUAAGGUGCAUUCACUGACAUUGUGUCAAAACCUGCUUUUAUUUCGUUGCCUCCGCACGCACAAAAUCCUCAGCAUACCGCUCUUAUUUUGAAGGCCGGAAGGUGUUGUGCAUGUGUGUUGAUGUUUGAUACGAGCUGGGAGCCAAGAAUAAACAUGCCUCUCUUGCACGACGUCAGUUAGCAGUAAAUCACAUCAUUGUGUAAACACACGUAACAAACUGAGUAGCAUUCUCUGCUAAACUAAGCUAACCUGGCUAGCUUCCAUUCACCUUCACAUCCUUCAUUCUUCACAGUGUUUCAGGUCGUCAUCUCGUUUAGUUUAGUUCAGGACGGGGCAGGCUGCUUCUGUUUCUGAUGCGAUUGCACCUCAUUGGUCUUUCUGUUAGUAGCUAAACUUUGCCAAAUUGCUAUCAUGAGCUAACGACAAACAUGACGUUUGUGUGUGUGUGCAGGAUGCCCGCUGGCACAGGACUGUGAUUGGACCAUUUCGUUAUGUACACAAAGUGGGAAGACUGCUUUUGACAUACAGCAGCUUUAAGGUUUCAUGGAAUUGGUUUGGUUGGUUAAGGUUAACCCUUCGAUGCACGAGUGACUGGACCCUACACUCUUCCAUAAGUGGCUCAAAAAUCACCCAUACUAGAAUCAAUGCCUUUUUAUGCCAAUUUUGGUUGGGAAUAAUCACUUGUAUGAUAUUUAGUAUUAUAUUUAGGACCACACAAGAAUGAUUUCAUGUUAGAAACAUCUUCAUUUUUCACUUUUUUACAUCUUUGAAAAAGAAAAUGACCCCAAUGACAACAAUAGAAAAUGUGAGGAUCCAUUGUGAGUUGCAUAAAGAUAAGUUAAAAAUGUGAAUGACAUAUCAAAAAAAUGUUUUUUUGAGGAAUACAUGGAAUAUGAAAUGAUAAAAAUUUUUAAUUCAUUAUGAAGAUAUUUCAAGAAAACAACCUGACCGGGUCAUUUUUGACCCACUUAUGGAAGAUUGGCGUAGUAACACAAAAACUAAAAUUUCUUAAAAUGUAUAAAAGAUAAGUUAAAAAUGUGAACGGCAUGAUAUCAAAAACACGUUUUUUGAGGAAUACCUGGAAUAUGAAAUGAUAAAAAAUUUUCAUUACAAAGAUAUUUCAAGAAAACAACCUGACCGGGUCAUUUUUGACCCACUUAUGGAAGGUUGGGGUAGUAACACACAAAAAAAAAACUUAAAAUGUAUAAAAGGUAAGUUAAAAAUGUGAACAGCAUGAUAUCAAAAACAUGUUUUUUGAGGAAUACCUGGAAUAUAAAAUGAUACAAAUUUUUCAUUACAAAGAUAUUUCAAGAAAACAACCUGACCGGGUCAUUUUUGACCCACUUAUGGAAGGUUGGGUUAGUAACAAAAAACAAAAAUCUCUUAAAAUGUAUAAAAGAUAAGUUAAAAAUGUGAACAGCAUGAUAUCAAAAACAUGUUUUUUGAGGAAUACCUGGAAUAUGAAAUGAUAAAAAUUUUUCAUUACGAAGAUAUUUCAAGAAUACAACCUGACCAGGUCAUUUUUGACCCACUUAUGGAAGGUUGGAGUAGUAACACAAAAACUAAAAUUUCUUAAAAUGUAUAAAAGAUAAGUUAAAAAUGUGAAUGGCAUGAUAUCAAUAACAUGUUUUUUGAGGAAUACCUGGAAUAUGAAAUAACAAUUUUUCAUUACGAAGAUAUUUCAAGAAAAAACAACCUGACCGGGUCAUUUUUGACCCUUUUAUGCAUCUACGGGUUAAGCAGUUACCAUAGCAACACAGACUCGCUUUGGCAAGGUUAAAUGAUAGAUUAAAUGUGCCUUUUUCAUGAAUGGUGAAAUGUUGUACAACAACAACUUUAUUUGAAAGCUACAAACAAACACCAACAGGCAGAGCUAGAAACUAAAUCAUUAUAAAUUGUUGUUUCCUAAAGAACAUAUACAUUAGCUUGAAAAAUUAGCUGCAAAAAUUCAAAAUUAUGAGAUAUUUUUUACGAGAUUAAAAAGUCCGCCAAAAAGUUGACUUUUUAUCUCAUAAUCAUGACUUUUUUUUAAUAAUUUUACUUAUCUCAUAGUUUUGUAAUUUUCAUAAUUUUGAAUCUCAUAAUUAUGACUUUUUGUCUCAUAAUUAUGACUUUUAUCUCAUAUUUUUGACUUUCCUAUCUUAUAAUUUCGACUUUUUAACUGCUGAACUAUGGAAGCCCGUUUUCGCCACUGGGAAAAAAGGGCUAUCCCAAUUAUAAGUCAUAACUAUGAGAAAAAUUAAAAAUUAUGAGAUAUUUUUUAUGAGAUUAAAAAGUCAACUUUUUAAUCUCAUAAUCAUAACUUUUUUUCAUAAUUUUACUUAGCAUAAUUUCGUUGUUUUUAUAAUUUAAAAUCUCAUAAUUAUGACUUUUUGUCUCAUAAUUAUGACUUUUAUCUCAUAUUUUUGACUUUCCUAUCUCAUAAUUUCGAUUUUUUAACUGCUAAACUAUGGAAGCCCGUUUUCGCCACUGGGAAAAAAGGGCUAUCCCAAUUAUAAGUCAUAACUAUGAGAUAAAAAUAAAAAAUUCUGAGAUAUUUUUUAUGAGAUUAAAAAGUCCACCAAAAAAGUCGACUUUUUUAUCUCAUAAUCAUGACUUUUUAAAAUAAUUUUACUUAUCUCAUAAUUUCCUAAUUUUCGUAAUUUUAAAUCUCGUAAUUAUGACUUUUUUUCAUAUUUUUGACUUUCCUAUCUCAUAAUUUUGACUUUUUAACUGCUAAACUAUGGAAGCCCGUUUUUUGCCACUGGGAAAAAUGGGCUAUCCCAACGGGAAUUGUACUUAUCUCAUAAUUUCCUAAUUUUAAAUCUCGUAAUUAUGACCUUUUGACUCAUAAUUAUGACUUUUGUCUCAUAAUUAUGACUUUUGUCUCAUAAUUAUGACUUUUCAUCUCAUAAUUAUGAUUUUUAUCUCAUAUUUUUGACUUUCCUAUCUCAUAAUUUCGACUUUUUAACUGCUAAACUAUGGAAGCCCGUUUUCGCCACUGGGAAAAAAGGGCUAUCCCAAUUAUAAGUCAUAACUAUGAGAGAAAAAUUCAAAAUUAUGAAAUAUUUUUUAUGAGAUUAAAAAGUCAGCCAAAAAAGUCGACUUUUUAUCUCAUAAUCAUAACUUAUUUUCAUAAUUUUACUUAUCAUAAUUUCGUAAUUUUCAUCAUUUUAAAUCUCGUAAUUAUGACUUUUUGUCUCAUAAUUAUGUCUUUUAUCUUAUAUUUUUGACUUUCCUAUCUCAUAAUUUCAACUUUUUAACUGCUAAACUAUGGAAGUCCGUUUUCGCCAAUGGGAAAAAAGGGCUAUCCCAAUUAUAAGUCAUAACUAUCAGAGAAAAAUUCAAAAUUAUGAGAUAUUUUUUAUGAGAUUAAAAAGUCCACCAAAAAGUCGACUUUUUAUCUCAUAAUCAUAACUUUUUUUCAUAAUUUUACUUAUCUUAGCUUAAAGCUGGCAAAACAACACUUUAUCGGAACAAGGCAGUGUGGACAAAUGAGUAGACGGUAACAUCUGCCCGCUGACAAAACGACCUGCAAAGCAGAGAAGAAUAAUAAAAGGCAUGACUGUCAAUCAAAACAAGGUAAUACACAUUUGAUCUUUUGAGAAUUAACACGUUGCAUUCAAUGACUUGUUCCCGUUACUCCUGCCGGUCAUUGUUCACCUGCUUUUACGCCAUUUUUGUGCUUUAAUUUCAAAUUUCCCCUCCGCCAUCAAACUUUGUGAACCAUUUUGCCUUAAAGCUGGAAAUCCACCAUGUACAUUUUUUUUAACGCUUAUUGGUUAUUUGUGCAAGAAUGUUGUGACAGCUUUACAUUUUGUGCUUUGUAAGAACAUUAAUUUAUGCUUUUUUUUCGAAUCAUUUCAAGCGACAUCGUGAACAAGAUAGCAGUAUUCGCCACUUGGGUUGGUACUCACGUUACACCAUUUGCUCCAAUGCAUGAAAUACUAUUCCUGUUAUUGCACUUUGUUCAAAAUUGCACUAAUUUGUGUAAGUGCUAGCUUGACGGAAAAUAAACAUUUUGGAUUCAA